AUGUGCAAAUCUCAGUUCCACAGCUUCCUCAAGGCCUUGCCAAAGGUUGAGCAGCAUCUCCAUAUUGAGGGAACUCUUGAGCCUGAGCUUCUCUUCUCCCUCGCCGAGAAGAACGGGAUCAAAUUGCCAGAGGAUCCUGUUUACGAGUCGGCUGACAAGUUGCGAGAGCGAUAUGGGAGAUUCACAUGCCUCGAUGAUUUCCUGCACUACUACUACCUCGGGAUGAGCGUGCUUAUCACCGAAAAUGACUUUGAGACUCUUGCGUACCAGUAUUUCCAGCGCGCGGCGAGCGAAAAGGUCCGACACGCUGAGAUCUUCUUCGAUCCUCAGGCGCACAUUGCUCGAGGUGUCAGCUACGACACUGUCGUCGCAGGACUUACAGCCGCCAAGCGUCGUGCUCAGAAGGAGUUGGGCAUUACUGUCGAGCUGAUUGUCUGUAUUCUUCGCCAUCUGCCUGUUCCCGAGUCUCAUGCUCUGGUCGAUACUCUUCUUGACCGCGGCCACUUCAACGAUGGUACCCUGACGGGCUUCGGCAUGGUCUCGAGCGAGAAGGCGUUCCCUCCUGAGCUCUUCACUGAGGUCUAUGCCCGUGUUGCAAAGACUGGUACUCAUCUCACCACUCACGCUGGUGAGGAAGCACCCCCUUCUUUUAUCACUGCCUCACUCGAGCACCUGAAAGUCUCGCGCAUCGACCACGGCCUCGCAGCUGCUCAGGACCCCGAACUCCUCAAGAGACUGGCUGCCAACCGCACCCUCUUGACUUUCUGCCCUUGGUCAAACGUGGCUCUCUGCAACUUGCCUGAACUCGCUGACGCCCCUGUGCGCAAGUUCCUCGAUGCGGGUGUCCUCUUCAGCGUCAACAGCGAUGAUCCUGCUUACUUUGGUGCCUACGUCCAGGAAGUCUACUGCCGUGUCCAGGAUACCUUCAGCCUCUCCGUCAAGGACUGGGCAUGGAUCGUCCGCGGUGCUGUGGAGGAAAGCUGGUGCUCUGAUGAGCGCAAGCAGGAGAUCCUCAAAGAGCUGGAGCAAGUAUUUGAGGAGUACAAGGAUUUGAAGGCGUGA